AGGCAGAAACAUAUAUACAUAAGCACAUACAUACAUAAUCCUCCUUCUUCAUAUACAUACAUUUUUUUUUUGUUUGAUUAAUAAGAAGAAUGUCAUCAAAAUCCAAUAAUAAUAAAGCUUAUUAUUAUGCUGAUCUUCCAAUUUUGGACAUAUCUCAGCCAUUAGAAGAAUCUUCAUUAGAAUCUCUCUCCAAAGCUUGCAAAGAAUGGGGUUUUUUCCACAUAAUCAACCAUGGAAUCUCCAAAGAUCUAUGCAACCAGCUUCAUUCACUGUCCAAAUGUCUCUUCUCUCUCCCAUCUGAUACCAAGCUUAAGCUUGGGCCUUUCUCUAAUGUCAAAUCUUACACUCCACCCUUCAUUGCUUCUCCAUUCUUUGAGAGCCUCAGAGUUAAUGGACCUGAUUUUUAUCUCUCUGCUAAGUCUUCUGAAGAUGUUUUAUUUCACAGAACCAAUUCCAAAUUCAGUGAAACUUUGCAAGAAUAUUGUAGCAAGAUGGCAGAACUGUGUGAGAAGAUUGUGAAGAUUGUGUUGAUGAGCAUAGGUGAAGGAUUUGAGAAAAUGUUCUAUGAUGAUGAAUUCAGAAAGUGCCAUGGAUACUUAAGAAUAAACAACUAUUCAGCCCCAGAAGAAGAAAGAGAAGAAGUUGAAGGACUUGGAAUGCACACAGACAUGAGUUGCAUAACAAUCUUAUACCAAGAUGAAAUUGGAGGGCUUCAAGUGAAGACAAAUGAUGGAGAAUGGAUUGACAUAAAGCCUUCAGAGGGAACACUUGUGGUUAACAUUGGAGACAUGUUACAAGCUUGGAGCAAUGACAAGUUGAGAUCUUCAGAACAUAGAGUUGUUUUGAAGCAACCUUGUGUGAAUAGAUUCUCUUUGGCAUUCUUUUGGUGCUUUGAGGAUCACAAAGUCAUUGUGGCACCCAAUGAGGUUGUUGCUCUUCAUCAUGCCAAUAAGAGAUUCUAUUCUCCCUUUCUUUGCUUGGAUUAUUUGAAGUUUAGGGAGAAUAAUCAAAAGGGAAGCUUUGAGAAGGUUGGUUUUACUGUUAGAGAUUUUGCUGGAAUUUAAUCAACUCCCAUCUGUAAUUAUUGGAUUUUUUUUACUUAAUUAAAAUUUUAUCUGAUUAUGUCAA